AUGGGGUACGUCGCUGGUGAACUAAGGCUGAUUCUGCUGUUUGUUGUUGCAUUCGAGGCGGUUUUGGCUCCUCCUGUAUUGCAGCAGGCUGUGGUUGCAGUUGUCGAUCCGCAGAAUGCUGCUGACUUGCUCGUACGAGGUUCUUACAUUGGUGAACAGAGAAUCGACUAUGAUUACGAGGAGCAUCUGAACAGCACCCAACAUCAUCACGUGGAAGAUGAGGAGGGAGAGGAUUCUGAGAUCGACCAAGGUGACAGCGAAGUCAGCGAAGAGAGGUGUGUUGUCUGUUUGCUACUUUAA